AUGGCUGCAGGCCACAAGAAAGCUCCCAUGGUCACCUGCGCGCUGGAGCAGCUGCUCCCUGAGCUCACGGGGCUGCUCAGCCUCCUGGACCAUGAGUACCUCAGUGACACUGCCCUGGAGAAGAAGAUGGCUGUGGCCUCCAUCCUGCAGAGCCUGCAGCCCCUCCCAGCCAAAGAAGUCUCCUACCUGUAUGUGAACACAGCAGACCUCCACUCCGGGCCCAGCUUCGUGGAGUCCCUCUUUGAAGAGUUCGACUGUGACCUGAGCGACCUCCGGGACAUGCCAGAGGAUGACGGGGAGCCCUGCAAAGGAGCCAGCCCUGAGCCAGCCAAGAGCCCGUCUCUGAGACACGCAGCUGACCUGCCUCCACCGCUUCCCCAAAGGCCUCCGCCCGAGGACUACUAUGAAGAGGCCCUUCCCCUGGGCCCGGGCAAGUCCCCUGAGUACAUCAGCUCCCACAAUGGCUGCAGCCCAGCCCACUCCAUCAUGGAUGGCUACUACGAGGAUGCAGACAGCAGCUACCCCACGACCAGGAUGAAUGGGGACCUAAAGAACUCCUACAAUGACUCUGACCCAAUGAGCAGCUCCUACGAGUCCUAUGAUGAGGAGGAGGAGGAAGGGAAAGGGCCACAGCCCACGCACCAGUGGCCCUCGGAGGAGGCCUCCAUGCACCUGGUGAGGGACAGCAGGAUAUGUGCCUUCCUGCUACGGAAAAAGCGCUUCGGGCAGUGGGCCAAGCAGCUGACCGUCAUCAAGGAGGACCAGCUCCUGUGUUACAAAAGCUCCAAGGACCGGCAGCCGCAUCUGAGGCUGGCGCUGGAUGUCUGCAGCGUCACCUACGUGCCCAAGGACAGCCGGCACAAGAGGCACGAGCUGCGCUUCUCCCAGGGGGCUACCGAGGUCUUGGUGCUGGCACUGCAGAGCCGGGAGCAAGCCGAGGAGUGGCUGAAGGUCGUCCGAGAGGUGAGCAGGCCUGCCGGGGCGGCCGAGGGCGCAGACGUGCCCCAAUCCCCAGUCCUCCUGUGCAAGCUGGACCUAGACAAGAGACUGUCCCAGGAGAAGCAGACCUCAGACUCGGACAGCCUGGGCAUGGGUAACAGCUGUUCUACUCUAGGCCGCCGGGAGGCCUGCGACCACGGCAAAGGGAAGAAGAGCAGUCUGGCAGAGCUGAAGGGUUCAAUGAGCAGGGCUGCGGGCCGCAAGAUCACCCGCAUCAUCAGCUUCUCCAAGAAGAAGCCGCUGGCUGACGACCUGCAGACAUCCUGCCCCGACGAGGAGGUUCCAUGCUGUGGCUAUCUGAAUGUGCUGGUGAACCAGGGCUGGAAGGAACGCUGGUGCCUCCUGAAAUGCAACACUCUGUACUUCCACAAGGAUCACACAGACCUGCGGACCCAUGUGAAUGCCAUUGCUCUCCGUGGCUGUGAGGUGGCCCCAGGCUUUGGGCCCAGACAUCCAUUUGCCUUCAGGAUUCUGCGCAACCGGCAGGAGGUUGCCAUCUUGGAGGCAAACUGCUCAGAGGACAUGGGCCGCUGGCUUGGGCUGUUGUUGGUGGAGAUGGGCUCCAAAGUCACUCCCGAGGCACUGCACUAUGACUACGUGGACGUGGAGACCUUAACCAGCAUCGUCAGUGCAGGGCGCAACUCCUUCCUAUAUGCAAGAUCCUGCCAGGAUCAAUGGCCUGAGCCCCGUGUAUACGAUGAUGUUCCUUAUGAAAAGAUACAGGACGAGGAGCCCGAGCGUCCCGCGGGGGCCCAGGUGAAACGCCAUGCCUCCUCCUGCAGUGAGAAGUCCCAUCGAGUGGAUCCGCAGGUCAAAGUCAAGCGCCAUGCCUCCAGUGCCAAUCAAUACAAGUACGGCAAGAACCGAGCUGAGGAAGAUGCCCGGAGGUACCUGGUAGAAAAAGAGAAGCUGGAAAAAGAGAAGGAGACAAUCCGGACGGAGCUGAUGGCACUGAGGCAGGAGAAGAGGGAGCUGAAGGAAGCCAUUCGCAACAACCCAGGAGCAAAGUUAAAGGUUCUGGAGGAGGCCGUGGCUGCCCUGGAAGCUCAGUGUCGGGCAAAGGAGGAGCGCCGGAUCGACCUGGAGCUGCGACUGGUGGCUGUGAAGGAGCGCUUGCAGAGAUCCCUGGCAGGGGGCCCAGCCCUGGGGCUCUCCGUGGGCAGCAAGAACAAGAGUGGGGAAACUGCAAAUAAACCCCAGAACAAUGCCCCAGAGCAACCUCUCCCUGUCAACUGUAUUUCUGAGCUGAGGAAGAGAAGCCCAUCCAUCGUAACCUCCAACCAAGGAAGGGUGCUACAGAAAGCCAAGGAAUGGGAAAUGAAGAAGACCUAGAAAAAGGAUGAAGAUUUCAUUCCAAAGGAAAUACAAGAUUGUAUUGGAAACACUUUUUUCACAAGGAGAUGCCAGAACACUGGAAGUAGCCCCCACUGGAAGUAGCCUCUCCAGGGCACCCAAGAGACCAGCCUUUAUUGUCUGCAUGAUUACAGGGGAUAUGGGGAGGGAAGAAGUAGAAGG